AUGACUGCAUUUGAUAAUCAAGAAAAUAAAACCACCUCAACUUUUACGGGACAAGUUGUUGGAUUCGCACAGCCACGCGGAGAGCUUGUUAGUCCUACAAUAUCAUGUACUCAGUUAAAUGGUGAGUUUUGGCCUCAUUCGUAUGUAUAUUUCGUCUUAUCUCUUAGAUGCGAUAGUAUACUUUUACUCCGUCGUACCCUUGUUAAAAUUGAGCACUCGUGCGUGUAAUUAGACAAUAUCGUUUCUAGUUAUAAAAAUUUGAACUCUAUUCUGUAUUCAAUAUAGAUUUUGCUUAUCAUUAAAAAUAUAUGUGCAGGCGUUGCAUUAGGUUAUGCCGUUUGCCGAGUGUAAUUUUCUUUGUAAAAUUAAUCAGUAUAGGCGUGGGAUAAUUAAAUAAAGUUCCUUCCUAUUCAUACCUUCAUAACUUUGUUUUGUUAAGAAAUCAUUCAACCUACGCAAUAAGCUUAAUUAGAAAAUUAGCUUUUUUCAAUCUGCUUUAUAAUUCAAUUUCUGCAAAUAAUAUGCAAUUAUCGAAUCGGUUAUUCACUAAUUUUUGUAAUUGCAGUAAUAGCGCGGAGUCAUUCUCGCAAUUUAUCAUUCAUGCGAGUUGACUAAAUUGGCGGGAACAGAAAAUUUUGUCAUCAACUUUUCUAAAUCUAUUGCAAAGUCAGUAAAACAAAGAAACUGUGCUAAUGUUUUGAAUUCGAUACUUUUCGGCAACGCCAACGAGAUGUCACAUCAAACAUUUUUCACUCGCUGCACGCUUUUGGUUUAAAUUCGUUCGAGUCACGAACCGACACGUUUCGAAUCACUAUAGUCUCUUCCUCAAAGCGUGCUCGGUUUCAAUUCGAAUUCAAUUCGUCUGGCCCCUUGCAGGCUUUGCGAGCAUAGCCUUAGAUUGAAAAGCAGUUUUCUUCUUUCGUUAAAAGAUAGUCUUUUUUAAUUCGUACAGUGUUGUGUAAAAGAAAGCGGGAGGGCGACGAUGUUUACGAGAAAAUUCAAAAGAAGAAGCGACGACAUCGCACGGUAUUUACUCGAUAUCAACUGGAACAGUUAGAGCUAGCCUACCGCGUCUCACAAUAUCCCGAUGUCGAAACCAGAGACUCGCUGGCGAGGAAAGUUGAUUUGGAUGAAGGGAGAGUGCAG